AUGUCAAACUGCUCUUCUAGCUUCGAAACGCUCUCCCAAUUAUCCCUCAAAAUUGCCCUAAUAUUCAACCUAACCCUAAUAAUCAUCUCAAUUAUUCUCUGCCUAAUCGCAAUUUACAAACUCAUAACAAUCUCAAUAUUCCAAUUUUCAACCCGCGUUUUUCUAUCAAUCAAUUUGACCUUCGUAAUUUAUCAUCAAAGUGCAUUUGUCGCAAUUCGAGUCCACACUUUAUAUUCUCUUUACUACGGUGUUUGUGAUAUUCAACUUUCCGAAUGUAUUCAUAUUAUGCGAGGUGUUCUAAUCGGAAGUUCAGGAAUAGCCUAUAUUCAAGUAGCAAUGACUUUGGAUCGUAUAUUUAGUGUGGUUUUUAAGAAAAAAUAUAAGAAAUAUGGAAUGUUUAUGGGAACAAUAUUAAUUGUAAUAUCAGUAAGAAUAGAAUAGCAUCUGAAAUCACAAUCAGAAAUGUAUUUCAGGUAACAUUAGCAAUCUUCACCUAUUCUUUCAUUAUUGGAGAAAAUCCCCUAACCAAAAAAGUUGAUAAUUGUGGCGCUUUACCUGCUGAAAGUUUCGAAAGAUACGGCAAAACAAUCAGUUGGAUAUUCUAUCUUUCAAUUAUUGAUUUAAUAAUGGAUAUGUUUGUGUUGCGUAUAAACAUUAAAAACGAGAAAAAACAACGGGAUAUUUAUAAUGUGAGAAAACGCUAUGCUUCUCGAAUAACAUUGAAAAGUAUUCAAGCAAUUAUAACAAUUUCCAUUGUUCAUUUUAUAUCCCAAUUUUUAUAUUCUGUUAUGUUUUUUAUCACAAUUACUUUUGUCGAAGAUUUUAUGUCUUAUGUUUCGUAUUUGAUGGCAAUAAUUGCAUAUGUGAGUUUUUUUUGUUCAAAAGUGUUCUGAAUCAUUGAUCUUCGAUUUUCCAGCCAGUCUUCUACACUUCAAUUCUAAAUGCAUCUCUAAUCAUCCAUCUAAUUAACCGAUUGCGAAAACAACGAGUCGAAAAUAUUCGCAAACUAACAUCGCAGAAGCAUACAUUUGAUGAUUAUAUGCAAACAAUGAGAGCCGCUUGGAAAUAA